GCGACUCAACUCCCUCCUUUUUUUCCUACUUCUAAAAUCAACUAUACAGAGUGAAUUUUUCUGUGGAAAAAUGGCAGGGAGGGUAGAUCUAGACGGCAAUCCGAUCAAUCCGAUGACGAUUUGCAUGAUCGGCGCCGGUGGAUUCAUUGGCUCGCACUUAUGUGAGAAGCUCAUGUCGGAAACGCAGCACACGGUGCUCGCCGUCGAUGUUUACAGUGAUAAAAUCAAGCAUCUGCUUGAACCGACUUCUCUACCUUGGAAUGGACGGAUACAGUUCCACAGAAUUAACAUUAAGAAUGAUUCUCGUCUUGAAGGACUCAUCAAAAUGGCAGAUCUGACUGUAAAUCUUGCUGCAAUCUGCACUCCAGCUGAUUAUAAUACACGUCCGCUUGACACAAUCUACAGCAACUUCAUUGAUGCUCUACCAGUGGUUAAGUACUGCUCAGAAAAUGGAAAGCGUCUCAUUCACUUUUCCACUUGUGAAGUUUAUGGGAAAACCAUAGGUGCUUUUUUGCCCGAAGACAGCCCAUUGCGGCAGGAUCCUGCUUAUUUUCUUCUUUCGGAAGAUGCAUCUCCAUGCAUUUUUGGACCUAUUGAGAAGCAAAGGUGGUCCUAUGCCUGUGCAAAGCAAUUGAUUGAGAGAUUGAUCUAUGCUGAGGGUGCUGAGAAUGGCUUAGAAUUCACCAUCGUUAGGCCCUUCAAUUGGAUUGGCCCCAGGAUGGAUUUUAUACCCGGGAUCGAUGGUCCUAGUGAAGGUGUUCCAAGAGUAUUGGCUUGCUUUAGUAAUAACCUAUUAAGGCAUGAACCACUAAAACUAGUGGACGGUGGACACUCGCAGAGAACCUUCAUAUAUAUCAAGGAUGCUAUUGAAGCUGUUUCCCUGAUGAUUGAAAAUCCUGCUCGGGCCAACGGCCAUAUCUUUAACGUCGGCAAUCCUAAUAACGAAGUUACUGUCAAGCAGCUAGCUGAAAUGAUGACUCAGGUGUACUCAAAAGUGAGUGGAGAAACCCCUCUUGAAACUCCCACCGUCGAUGUUAGUUCUAAAGAAUUUUAUGGCGAGGGGUAUGAUGACAGUGACAAGCGGAUUCCAGACAUGACCAUAAUCAACAGACAGCUCGGUUGGAACCCAAAGACAUCCCUAUGGGACUUGCUUGAAUCCACACUCACUUACCAACAUAGGACAUACGCGGAGGCUGUCAAGCAGGCGAUGUCAAAGACAACGACAAACUGAAUGAAUUCAGAGCAGAGCUUUACUAUCUGUAAUCUUCAUCUACUCGGUUCGACUUCAUCCUCGUUAUUUAUUCUUUGUCAUCCACUUCAUGCAAGAAACCUAAAGUAGGCCACAACAGUGAAAUUGUGUGUCAUAUGUUGGUAUAAUGUCACUACAACAGUUUUCAGACACAUAAAUCAAAACAAGGCUGUAGUCUGCUCAUAUAAUUUUGCUGUUAUAUUAUCAUUCUUCUGUGAGGAAGUAUGUUGUAUCAUUACACAUAUUUUCCUAAUCUAUUACUAGUAUAAUAAUUUAUUUGUUUGAUUAAAUUAUCCUUUCA